CCUUAGGUUUGCAGCACAACAAAUUCCAGGGUCAAACAAAAACUUCUGUUUUGAGUGUGCACAGGUCGAAAAUUGCAAUCUUUUGUUGACUUGUAGCGACACAAAGUGCAGUGUUUAGUUGACUGAGUCGAUAGUUGUGGAAAGGUGCUAAUUUUUGCUUCCGUCAGAGCCGUCUUCAUUCAUCAAUUCGAGGUGACAAUUUGCAGAUGUUUCGUAGACAUUGGUGUGAUUCUCUGAGGUGCUAAGAACAAAAAGAGAAAAAAAAUCUCGGUAAUUAGCAGUGAGUGCGAUUUUUUUUAUUGAUAUUACUGCAAGUUCACCUUUCCUCACGUCAGAAUCGGGUGACAGCAUUUGGUUUGCUUUUCGGUAAAUGUGUGAAAAUUAUAGUGUAAGCUGCAAAGUAAGGUGUCAAGUGCCACGGUACACAGCUGGGAUCAAUUCCCGUGAGUGUCCCGAAAAGCGAAAAAAUCUCUAUCACCAAGCGUGGCGGUGUUGCAGCCCUCGUCCGACAAUCAUUUGCUGAUAAAAAUAUCCGAUCGAGUGCCAUCUGAUUUGCGAAAAGACGUCCGUCAGUAUGAAAUCGCACGGACUGGGAGGCCAACAGCCGUCGGGGGCCGUGGUGUCCGAGUGGGAGGACAACGUGGCCUUCGAUUCGGACGAUCCGGAUUUUUCCGGUGGCGAUAUGUCCGGAGCUGCCACCGGUGGGAUUGUCUUCCGCACACCCACCGCCGUGCUGAGCCGUUCAACGACCUGCUUCAGCAUUGGAGCGACGACGACGCACGUGCCCGCCAGCUUGCCGCGCUUCCUGAAAGUGCCAUCCACAAUGUCGGUCGCCAGCGUACAGGCUCCCCAUCUGGCCGAACUGUGUAGUUCGCUAAGCCGCACCAGCCUCAGUCUGUCCUCGUCCCUGUCGGACCUCGUCGGCAGCCCCUCGCUGGCCAGCUCGGCCAUGACCGCCGCAGCCGCCCUCGAGGUCAGCUCCGAAGCCGUCCUCACCAUCGAAGAUCUGCGCGCCCAGCUGGGUUCGUGCUUCACGUGUGGCGUCUCCUGGACCCACGACCAGGUCUCGCUGGACUGCUCCGAGUGCGGCGGCUACAGCCUCGAGCGACCGUGCAUGCUGUGCGACGGAAUGUGCGGCCAGCCGUGGAAGCGUGACUUCACCAUGAGCCAUGCCUGUGGCAAGUCGCGCUGGCAGGGCGUGUGCGCCGCCAAAUUUCCCGCCCAGAUGAUCAGCCAGCUGCAGUCGUCGGCGCCGCUCAGCAGUUGUGCCAGCUUUGGCAGCCAUCACCAGCUGAUGCAGUCGGCGGCCAUGUCCACCUGCCACGGAACAGCGAACCAGCAGUUUCUGCAGCAGGAGCUGUGCGCCCGGCUGGAAAAGCUCACCACGAAGGCCCACAACUGAACUCUUCAACACUGGACACGUCUGAACAAUUACGUUGUUAGCCCUAAGCAAAACUUCUUACGUUAAUUGUAUCAACCAUGCGUUAGAUUUCCAGCUAGUUACAGGAAACACACCGUUUCGAGCAGUAAACACAUUUAGUUUGACCCAUUUCAAGUAUGAGUUCCUAUCCAGAUAGCCAACACGAGCACACACGCGAGAGAGAGAAAAAGAAAACUAUUCUUAUGUUGCAUUUUAAAAACUUUAUACAGAAAUCCAAAAGAAAAACGAACGCAAGAGUGCGACGUCACGAUCAACCUUAUCAACCAGUAGAUCUGACAGAGCGACAGCAAAGGUUCGUUCGUGACGAUCCGGGCACAAGGAAUUGACGUAUACAAAUAUUUAUACACCUCGUGUAAUCGUGAAGAGAAGAGCCUUUAUAUUUAUUAUCCCCCGAUAGGGAGAGACAGAGAGAGCAGCUCAAAGGUUGGCGAGUACAUUUUGAUCAAAAGUUUAGCGUUUUUGAACCAGUAUAGGAUUUAGCGUAGUAACGUGAUAGCUUAACGGAAAGAUUUUUUGGAAAAUGGCGGAGAAGGACUCCAUGCAUGCACGUUGCUGGGGGUGUCUUUCUGUGAAAGGCACUUACUGCAGCGGUUUAGCUGUUAAAAUUUUUGUACCGACUGUGUAAAAAAAGAAAAUGAGAAACAGAAUUUCGGAUUAAGCCUUAAGACUUUGUUUGUAUUAUGUUUAAUAUUUGUGGUCUAAAGUUUCUUUUUCCUAAGUACGUAUGAUAUAAUUAUGUAUAUUUUUCAAUAUAACAACAAUAAAUAAAAUGUAUAAACAA